AUGUCCAACAGCAGCUCUAUCACCCAGUUCCUGCUCCUGCCAUUCGCAAACACGCGGGAUCUGCAGCUCUUGCACUUCUGGCUCUUCCUGGGCAUCUACCUGGCUGCCCUUCUGGGCAACGGCCUCAUCAUCACCACCAUUGCCUGGCACCACCACCUCCACACCCCCAUGUACUUCUUCCUCCUCAACCUCUCCGUCCUUGACCUGGGCUUCAUUUCUACCACUGUUCCCAAAGCCAUGGCCAAUUCCCUUUGGGACACCAGGGUCAUCUCCUACAGUGGAUGUGCUUCUCAGGUUUUUUUCUUUUUUGUUCUGAUGUCAGCAGAGUUUUAUCUUCUAACCAUCAUGGCCUAUGACCGCUACGUGGCCAUCUGCCAACCCCUGCACUACGGGACCCUCUUGGGCAGCAGAGCUUGUGCCCACAUGGCAGCAGCUGCCUGGGCCAGUGGGUUUCUCACUGCUCUCCUGCACACGGCCAGUACAUUUUCACUGCCCCUCUGCCAGGGCAAUGCUGUUGGACAGAUCUUCUGUGAAAUCCCACAGAUCCUCAAGCUCUCCUGCUCACACGCCUACAUCAGGGAAGUUGGGCUGAUUGUGGUUAGUGUCUGUGUAGCAUUUGGAUGUUUCGUUUUCAUCGUACUGUCCUAUGUACAGAUUCUCAGGGCUGUGCUGAGGAUCCCCUCGGAGCAGGGACGGCAUAAAGCCUUUUCCAUGUGCCUCCCUCACCUGGCUGUGGUCUCCCUGCUUAUCAGCACUGGCAUUUUUGCCUACCUGAAGCCCCCCUCCCUCUCCUCCCCAUCCCUGGACCUGGUGGUGUCAGUUUUGUACUCGGUGGUGCCUCCAACAGUGAACCCCCUCAUCUACAGCCUGAGGAACCAGGAGCUCAAAGAUGCAGUUCGAAAACUGGUGACUACAUGUUAUUUUAGACACAACGUAGUGUCCACCUUCUGCAACAUAUCAUUUGUCACAUAA